UCAGUGAUUAGCUGCCUCACCUACCAAUCAGUUCAUCAAUAUGAGCACUGUUAUUAGGAAGCCCGAUUUCGAUAAUGACGUUGACAAACCGAAUAAAGUUCAGGCACAUAAUGAAGCCUGCUUCUGCCUCAGAUGCUUCGCACGCAUUAUACUACUGCUACUCGGUGCAAUAAUGACAAUUUAUGUUUGUAUUCUAUCCUCUGAUCGGUACUUCAAGUACUGGGUUCAGACCACAAUCGAUCGCACCGAUGUCCACGUCUCGAAGAUUCCCUUUCCAGCGAUUACUAUUUGCCCCGCAGACAUAACUCUGGAUAACUGGCAGACGGGCAAAAAGAGAUAAGCGCAUAAAGCUAUUUAAUUUGGUGCAGAGCGUUCAUUGGCGGACAGCUGCCAAUGUCCAAGAAACAGAGCGAGACCUCAAAGAAUUCGAGGAGUUUAAGAACCAAUCGUUGCAUCAUAUCGACAGUUUAUUUAAAUACAAGUGCGAGGACCUAUUUGUACGGUGCACCUGGCGACGCAAGGUUGUGGAUUGCUGCAGUGUUCUGUUCAGACGAAUGACUCUCGGCACCUGUUCCUCAUUCAACUCGAUAUAUGCCGAGAAUCCGGAUCCUACGUGGCCUUGGUCGGUCGCCGAUUAUGGUAUCAAGAGCGCACUGAAUAUCCAGUUAAAUCGAUACCUAAAUGGCAUUCGACUACAGGCUAUAGGAGUCAUUGUGCAGGAGCCCUCUGAGUUAAUCGGUUCAAGCGUCACUUACACCUCAGAUGAUCGGAUUGUGCUUACCCUGCAACCGUUGCAUUUUACAGCUGAGCCAGGUGUCAGGUCGCGUCCGGUGAAUAUACGACAUUGCUACUUCCCGGAGGAGCUGACCGAAUCAUACUCCGACUGUACAUCCCACUGUCAUUUUAACUAUAUAUUGGAGAAGUGUAAUUGCACCUAUGACCUACCCAAGCCAGUCAAAGUGGAUCUCAGACGUGAGGAAUCAACUCGAAGAUGUGAAGUGAAGGAUUUGCCGUGUUUGCAGGCUAACGGCGUAUCACUCUUCUACAUGGGCAACAUAAUAGAACAGUCCAAGGACAACAUCUUCAAUACAACCGAUUGCGAGUGUUUUCCCAGCUGCACCCACACUCAGUAUCAUGCAGUUACAUUCACGGAUAAAUGGAACAGCUUGGAAGGCAAUGAGAAUUAUAUCAAAGUCGAUGUCCACUUUCAGGAGGCGACCCUAUUCUCUUAUCGCUCCACACUGUACAUAACCAUUCUUGAUUUGAUGGUUUCUUAUGGCGGCAUAGCUGGCUUGUUCCUUGGCAUAUCUGUGCUCGGAGCAGUAAAUGCUAUCUUGAAUCGCAUUUCCUGCUGCAAGAAACACGUACCUGAACCCGAAUCCAAACCCGUCAAACCUGAUCACGCACCUUAAAGGAUCUCACGUUUCUGUACCUGUAAGAAAAUCCCACAAUUGUUUAACUGUUUAAUCACAAAACACAAAAAUAAAUUCAAAAGAAA